GUGUGCUUGUGGCUCUUUUAUCUGCUCUUGUGUCGGCCAUAGUUCUUGAUUGAAUCGUUGAAGAAGGAAAAAUACAAGGAGAUUCAUUCUCAUCCCCUGUUUUUCUUCUCUUUCUCUGUUUUUUUUCCCCUGAAUCUCUGCAAUCGUUUUUGGGUGAGAUUUUUGGGUUUCCUUCUUUUUCUAAUAAAAGAGAGUGUCAGAGAAGAGAGAUUCCGUGUAUUAUUUAUUCUGUUUCUGAGUUUGUGGAUCUCGGGUCUUUGAAAGUAGGAGUGAGGAAGGUGACUGGAGAUUCCAGUGAAUUAACACUGUUUGUUUCUCUCCGGAAAAUAUUGUAAUCGUCCUCUAAUUCUCAAAAAGAAAACAGGGAAGAAGCAGGGUUACUGUUUCAAUCUUCUGAAUCAUUGGAAACAGUUUUGAUGCUGAUUGCUGAAGUUGUGUCAGGGAACCUACAGAGCUGUUUCAAGCUUUGUGAUUGUUGAAAAAAUUUGGGGUAUUUUUUUUCUCAACUUUUUACAUGAUGGGUGAUGAAGACGAAGCUUUAUUGAGAAAGAUGGAGCUUUACGGAAUCUAAAGUUGGUUUUUCUAGUUUUUCAGCAAUGUUUAGAUUCCGUUCUGCAAUAUCUCCGGUGAGGAUUGAAGAACAUCCUCACUGCAUAUUUACGUGGCGCCGGUGAUUCUUAUUUUUCUGGUGUUCCUCCAUUCAUUCAUGCCUGUUAAGCAUUUACUUUUGCAAUCAUUGUUUUGGUUGAGAUGAUUAGGUUUAUGGAUUCAAAAGAAAACCCGAAGGAGGUGGAGAAGUACUUGGAUUCUCAGCUAUGGCAUGCCUGUGCCGGGGGAAUGGUUCAGAUGCCUCCGGCAAAUGCCAAAAUCUUUUACUUUCCUCAGGGUCAUGCUGAGCACGCCUGUGGCCCUGUGGAUUUCAGGAACUGCCCAAGAAUACCUCCGUAUGUGCUUUGUAGAGUCACUGCUAUCAAAUUCAUGGCUGAUUCUGAGACUGAUGAGGUUUUUGGGAAAAUUAGUUUGGUCCCAUUGAGUGCUAAUGAGGUUGAUUUUGAGGAUGAUGGGAAUGGAGGCAUUCAUGGUAAUGAUACGCAGGAAAAGCCGGCUUCUUUUGCAAAGACAUUGACUCAAUCUGAUGCCAACAAUGGUGGGGGUUUCUCUGUUCCACGGUACUGUGCUGAGACUAUUUUCCCAAGAUUGGAUUACUCUGCUGACCCCCCUGUCCAGACAAUUCUUGCAAAGGAUGUUCAUGGUGAGACUUGGAAGUUUAGGCAUAUUUAUAGGGGGACGCCUCGAAGGCAUCUGUUGACUACUGGAUGGAGCAAUUUUGUGAACCAAAAGAAGCUUGUAGCUGGCGAUUCAAUUGUGUUCUUGAGAGCGGAGAAUGGGGAUCUUUGCGUGGGGAUUAGACGGGCAAAGAGGGGGAUUGGAGGGGGACCUGAGUCAUCAACCGGGUGGAAUCCAGCGGGUGGGAAUUCUGUAAUGCCUUAUGGAGGGUUUUCAGCAUUUUUGAGGGAGGAUGAGAACAAGCUGAUAAGAAAUGGAAAUGGGAUGAACUCAAAUAGUAAUUUGAUGCGAAAGGGGAAAGUGAGGCCUGAAUCAGUUAUUGAAGCUGCAACACUUGCAUCCAGUGGACAGCCGUUUGAGGUUGUCUAUUACCCUCGGGCGAGCACCCCAGAGUUCUGUGUCAAGGUCUCAUUGGUGAAGGCAGCAUUACAGAUCCAGUGGUGUUCUGGAAUGAGAUUCAAAAUGGCCUUUGAAACGGAGGACUCUUCAAGGAUUAGUUGGUUUAUGGGUACCAUAUCUUCUGUUCAGGUUGCUGAUCCACUCCGUUGGCCUGACUCACCUUGGAGGCUUCUUCAGGUUACAUGGGAUGAGCCAGAUUUGCUUCAAAAUGUGAAACGAGUUAGUCCAUGGUUGGUCGAGUUGGUAUCUAACAUGCCUGCCAUUCAUCUUUCUCCAUUUUCGCCCCCAAGGAAGAAGCUGAGACUUCCACAACACCCAGAUUUCCCGCUUGAUGGCCAUUUUCCAGUGCCAAACUUUCCAGGAAACCUUCUUAUGCCCAACAAUCCCUUUGGAUGUCUACCAGAAAAAACUCCUGCAGGCAUGCAGGGAGCCAGGCAUGCUCAUUAUGGUCCAUCCUUACCGGGUUUCCACUUCAACAAACUGCAGUCAGAUCUCUUUCCGGCUGGUUUCCCACCGCUUGAUCACACUCCUACACCCAAUAGGACAUUCAAUGAUGGUCCAAUCAUUCAGAAACCUACCAUGAGCAAUAACGUUUCUUGCUUUCUAACCAUGGCACAUUCUUCUCAAAGUUCAAAGAAAACCAUUGAUGUGACAACACCCCAGCUUGUACUUUUUGGUCAGCCAAUUCUUACAGAGCAGCAGAUCUCUCUUAGCCGCUCUGGUGAUACAAUCUUAACAGUUCCUACUAGAAAUAGUUCAUUUAAGGGAAAUCCAGAUAAAAUGGAAAAUUUUUCUGAUGGUUCUGGAUCGGUAGUUCUUCAUCAAGGCCUACCAGAGCGCUCAUCUUGUGAAAGUUUUCCACGGUACAAGGACAAUCGCCAAGGAGCUGAACCUAACUUGGAGACUGGUCAUUGUAAAGUUUUCAUGGAAUCAGAUGAUGUAGGCCGCACAAUUGAUCUUUCAUUGCUUCGAUCUUAUGAUGAACUGUCCAGAAAGCUAGCAGACAUGUUUGGCCUUGAAAAAUCAGAGACACCAAACCAUGUGCUCUACCUGGACGUUAAAGGUGCAGUCAAACACAUUGGAGAUGAACCAUUCAGUGACUUCACAAAAACUGUGAGGAGACUAACAAUCCUAACGGAUUCAAGCAGCGACAAUAUAGGAAGGUAGAAGAAAGAAAAAAUAAUCGGCAAUGUCAAAUUUGUAUAGCCGCUUUGCUCAAGCCAUUCAUACUUGUGCUGACCAUUUAGCUUUCGGGAUGAACCAAUCCAAGUUUUGGACUUCCAGCCAAAUCUUCCAACCAAAAUACAUGGAUUUUGAAAUU